AUGGCCAUUGCCCUCGCACCGAUCUUCAAAAAGGCUUACUACUCCCUGGCCCUUUGCGGUGGUCUGUACCUCGUAUUCGUCUUUGCACUCACCUUUCCUAUCGUCCAACGAAACGCCCUAUACGCGCACAACGUCAAUCCGACCCUCUGGCAGGAUCUGUCUGAUGUCGAGGCAUUCGGCUUCCUCCGUUACCAAGUACAACCUUUCACCCUGUCGACGCCUGACAAUGCAACACUCUACGCAUGGCAUAUCCUACCGCUUCAUCUCGCAGAAGAGAACUCCAAACGACUUCUAGCACAAGGCGACUUCAAGAUCAAGAGCUCCGAGGAAGUCUUAGACACAGUAGCUUUCCAGCUCCUUGCCUCUGACCCAAACACCCAUGUAGUCGUGAAUUUCCACGGCAACGCCGGCCAUCUGGCCUCCUCAAUCCGACCAUUCACAUACCAACGUCUGCUCGGCCUCUCCUCCAAGACCCGCCCCGUCCAUCUUAUCGCCUUCGACUAUCGCGGCUUUGGCCUCAGCACCGGAACCCCCACCGAGGAAGGCGUCCUCACAGACGCCGAAACCGUCCUCACCUUCCUGACCGGCUUGAUUCCGCCACAAAACCAAAACCAGAACCCAAAACACCAAAUAUCAACCCUCCCAAUCCCACCGCAGAACAUAAUCCUCACCUCCCAAUCCCUGGGCACCGCCAUCUCCACCUCCCUCCUCCACGCCUGGACCCUAAUCCACAACCUCCCGCCACCGAGAUCACUAAUCCUCACCUCCCCCUUCUCCUCCCUCCCCUCCCUGAUUGACUCGUACAGCAUCAAAGGCGUGAUCCCACCCCUUCUCUCCCCCUUCCGCUCCUACUCCUUCAUCAUGGACAAAAUCACUUCCUUCAUCGCCGACACAUGGCGCACCGACCAUCGCCUCGCAGAGCUAAUCCUCUCAGAAAAGGACAUCCCCAUCAACAUCGAAUUACUACACGCGCAAGACGACCGCGAGAUCCCCUGGUGGGAAGCGCAGCGGUUGUGGGAUUUCGUGGUGCAGAAAGCGGCUGCUGCAGGGAAGAAUGGAGGGGAGAAGACAGUGAAAAUCGAGGAUGUGGAUUGUGGGAAGGAGUUUGAAGCGAAGAGGAGUGAGGGGUCAUACGUUCAGACCUGGCGAGAAGAAAGGAGGGAAGGAGAUGUGAAGUAUGAGAAACGGCUAAGGUUCACGAGGACCAAGCAUGGUGGACAUAACCGGUUGGCUUGUAGUGAGGAGGUUGCAGCGGCGGUGUGGAGGGCGCUGGAGAUGUGA